UUAUGUGAUAAGUUCGUCCAUUGUUUUAAUAAUGUUAUGUGUAAAUUUCGACUGUCUUAUCUAUAGAGCAUGAAUCAUUUUCAAGUGUCUCUUUAUACUUUUACUCGGUAAGGGUGAAGUGUCAUUUUAGUAUAUAUUGUCAGCCAGCACUUUAAAGAUUAUAAUCAGUGAAGACCUAGGGCACACGCCGUGCCCUCAACAACCAUACAUCAUACAGCCGUCAAAGAUGACCAUACAACUACUUAGAAGAAAACCGUUUAAAGUGUUAAACACGUACCUAAACACAUAAGACAAACUAGUUAUUUUAGUGUUCCUUUUUGAGUGAUAUUAGUGUAUAAGUGCCAUUAAUUAGUUAAAUAUAACAAUGUUGUUAAGUGUAUUGCUUUUUGUGGCUGUUGUGGGAGCUGAUAGGAGUAAUCUACCUCCAACUUGUGAUAGUACCAUCUAUUGCCAUGGGCCAUUACUGGACACUGUACAAAUGGCAGGCCUGUACAAUGACUCCAAAACUUUCGUGGAUAUGAAGAUGAAGUUUUCUCCGAAGAUCACCAUGGACCGCUUCCAUGAAAUGAUGAACAGGACAGGUUCCCGACCGACAAAGGCUGAUAUUUCUGAGUUUGUUAAAGCUAAUUUCGAUCCUGAGGGCUCGGAGUUCGAAGAAUGGAAACCGACAGACUGGAAAGAUAAUCCUGCGUUCCUAGAAAAAAUUAAGGAUCCCCUUCUUCACCAAUGGGCUUCUGAUCUGAAUAAGUUAUGGUUAGAGCUGGGUAGAAAGAUGAAGGAUGAGGUCAAGGAAAAUCAGGAUCUCUACUCUAUCAUUUAUGUUGAUAACCCGUUUAUUGUCCCUGGUGGACGAUUCCGUGAGUUCUAUUAUUGGGAUUCCUAUUGGAUCAUCAAGGGUCUUCUUCUUUCUGAGAUGCAUUCCACUGCUCGUGGGAUGGUCAGCAAUUUCCUGGAUGUAGUAGACCGGAUUGGCUUCAUACCCAAUGGAGGGAGAAUUUAUUAUAAGAUGAGAUCUCAACCACCACUUCUAAUUCCAAUGGUAAAGUUGAUUUUUGACGAUUCCGGAGACAUGGAAUACCUGAGACAGCACAUACAUACUCUAGACCGCGAGUUUGACUAUUGGGUCACAAAUCACACAGUCGAUUUUGAAUAUGAUGGACGAAAUUACCAACUUAUGAGGUAUACAGAUAUGUCGCAAGGCCCCAGACCCGAAAGUUACAAAGAAGACAUUGACUGUGCUAAGCACUUUGACUCGCCCGAUAAGAAAGAGGAAUUAUACGCUGAAUUAAAAGCAGCGGCGGAAUCAGGAUGGGACUUCUCGUCUAGAUGGUUCAUACUCAAUGGAACAAAUAAGGGGAAUCUAACAAACCUUAAGACUCGGUCGAUCAUCCCAGUUGACUUGAAUGCAAUAAUGUCUUGGAACGCUGAACUAAUGGCUGACUUCCAUUCAAGACUUGGGAACACGGCGAAGGCAGAUUACUACAAAGAUGUCCACGCUUCAUUGUUGCAAGCUAUUGAAAAUGUCCUAUGGCAUGAGGACGUCGGUGCCUGGCUAGACUUUAGCUUAGAGUCUAGACGUCGAAGGGACUAUUUCUAUCCCUCAAACAUCGCUCCAUUAUGGACUGGGUGCUAUGAUAGAGCGAGAAAGGAAUACUAUGUCAAUCGAGUCAUUAAUUAUUUGGAUAAAGUCAAGGUGGACAUCUUCGAAGGCGGUAUACCUACCACGUUUGAGCAUUCCGGGGAACAAUGGGACUAUCCCAACGCCUGGCCUCCUCUGCAAUACAUUUUCGUGGUGGGAUUGGACAACACCGGCUUACCAGAGGCUAAACGAUUGGCGAAUGAAUUGGCUACGAAGUGGGUUCGGUCGAAUUUCGAGGUGUGGAAAGUGAAGACUGCUAUGUUGGAAAAGUAUGACGCGACGAUUUUCGGCGGAUUCGGUGGAGGCGGUGAAUAUGUACUCCAGACAGGUUUUGGAUGGACCAAUGGAGUGGUUAUGUCACUGCUAAAUCGAUAUGGAGAUACUAUUUCGGUAGCUGACGCGUUCGGCACGAGCGAGUCGGGUGCGAUCGUCGGCGCGCACGUAGGCGCUGGGGGCGUGGCCACUGCGCUACUUAUCGUUAUGGCAUCCAUCGCCGCUGGAGCUUUAGGUUUGAUGGUGUAUAGGAAGCGAAGUGGAUACACACCACUAUCAAAUGGCGAAGAUGUGAAGCUCCUCUCGCGUAGACCCUACACAGAAUUACGGAGUCUGAAUGGCAAAUCAGACCCCAGGCAACGGUGAACAAUAUGCCUGCGAGUUUCAUUUGAAUGUAAAAAUGGUAAAUACAAUGAGUGAAAUAAGAUUUAAAAUCCUGUUGCACGUAGCCUACAUAUACGAACCGUUAUUUUUACGUUUCGUCAAUGUAUUGUCUACCAUUUAUUUAUUUUGGAACUUAAGUAGAAGAAAUAGAGUAUAUUGUUGUUCUUAACAAUCUUCGGGCAUACGUUUGACAAAUUCGAAUAUAUUUUUAAUACACGUUUUACGGUAAAAUGCUCUAAGAAUGGCCACGAUAAUUAUCACUGUUCCUCAGCGUCAAAUAGGUUAUAUUUCCUAUCAAUAACUAGUAAGUAGUAAGUAUGGAAAAUGUCAAACACAUUUGACAUAUCAUUAAUCUCGUGCUAGAGCAGAAAUACUAAGGGCCUGUUUCACAAUGUAUGGUUAAAGUGCCAAAUAGCUAUGCAACGUAUAAAUUAUACGAAAGAUAAAAGUUCCAAAUAAGAUACUUCGAAUUUCAUGACGUAUAGCGCUAUCUGACAGUCGUGAAACGCAAAAAUACUAUUUAUCAUACGAAUAAGUAACAAAUAGCUUAUUUGGAACUUAUCCGGACAUUGUGAAACAGGCCCUUAGUAGUUUAAAGACCUGAUUAAUAGUUUACUUAUAAAUACAUAUUUGUUGACUGUCUAUUCAAUUGAGAUCUAGAAGGCUCAGGCUAUGCUCAAUAGUUGUAUACGAAAUCGAAAACAGAUAGCUGUCUCUCCCCAAAGCACACUCAGUACAAAGUUGCACGGUCUUAUUGUUAAAUGGACGAAUGACAGCCUUCAUUAGCCUCCUGUUGGCAUGGCUAUCAUUUUUAAGUCGUAACCAUGGUAACUGGAAGUCAUAAUGAGGCCAACACAAUUAAGUAGGAGUUUUUAUUAUACAAGUCUUCAUCGUGCUGUGAAAACUCAUGUAUAUAUCUUAUUAUACAGUGUAGUGCGACCAAAAAGUAAUGAUAUUUGCUAUUUGAUCAAAAUAGAUUGUAUUCUAGCUUUUUAAAUUGAAAUUAUGCUUUUGACGGGCUUUUUGGGAUCAAUUAGGCUCAUUACAUUGUAACGCGGGUUUAUUUAUGUGGAUCAAAGCUUUAUAGUUUUUGAUUAAAGCCAUAUAGUGGUACCUCGACAUACGAGUAUAAUUCGUUUCGUAACUUUGCUCGUAUUUCAAAGGAAUUUUCCGCGUUGAAAUUAAUUGAAAUGCCAUUAAUUCGUUCCAGCACCCGAAACACCACCUCAGUUAUUUUUGAUCAAGAGAUUACGCUUUAAUACAAUAGGCAUCUUCGGACCCAUGGUUAUAAAAAUAAAUGUAAUAAUCUAUUGUACAAAACGCAAGAAAUGCAAAUCGAAAACUUCCGUCGAUUUACAAGCUUAUCGAGGUCUAGGCUGAGGUGGAAGAAACUGUCAGUAUAGUGCAAUUCCUCGUAUCUCCAAACUCCAAACCAAAAUAUUGCUCGCUCGGCUGCCCGUAUCUCAAAACAAAUUAGGGCAGUCUUAUAUCGGGGUACCACUAUAUUUGUAUACAGUUAAGUAUACUAGCGAUUUGAAAUCACAUUUUUCACAUAUUACCAUUUCUAUUUAUUUGAUUUAAGAAUAUUUUAAAUAGAAAUCGUUACUUAACAAGGACAUUGAAAAUGCUUUGGAUGGUUAGUAAAAAUUAUACAAUAUUUUUCAACAAAGUUAUUGUGAUUGCUAUUAAUUACUCUUAUUAUUAGGUAUUAACUGAGAGUAUUAUUAGUAUAUUUAGUAAUAAUAUAGUUUUAAGUAGACAAUUUUGUUUUAUUGCAUUUAAUGUGAAAAUGUGAUUUCAAAAAGGCGGAUCUAUGUGAUUUUAGAUUGCGUAUUUAGUUUUAGCUAAUUUAAAGUAUCAAAGUGUGUUAGUAGUUGUAUAUUUUAUUUAUAUCAUCGGUAUCUCAUAUUAUUUUGUAUCAUGACAUUGCAAUAAUAAAUGAUU